UUGGUUCUUAGACGCUAGGCGUGACGCUGACCGGCGGCGACGGCGGAAUACAGGAGUGGCGGCGGUGUUGAGGCCCUCUCGUCUCUCGAGCUGCGGUGGAGGCACGUCUCGCCCUGCGACGGCGCGGAUAGCAGACACCGGUGAGGAGGGCGUGGAACUGCGGCGCGGAUGCGCGGUGGAGAUUCUCCUUUCGUCUUCCUCCGCGCCAGGACAGCACCAAGCGGCUAGGGCCGUCCUUGCGCCGCUUGAUGGUUCAGGCACAUGCUGCUGCAUCAGGCGGUGACCGCCGGCGCCGGCGGCGUCCUCUGGGUCUUCUCCUCCACGGGCGUCUCCAGUUGCGAUAUUCAGGUCAGGUGAGGCUAUGAGCCGCCGCAUCGUCCGACGCGUCCUGGAGCGGAACAUCGAGGAGCGGUACCGGGCAGGAGCCAUUGGCACCGAGGACGCACUCCACCUGUUCGACGAAUUGCUCCAGGAUGCUGGGCCCUCCUCGGUCCGCGCCAUCAACUGCCUCCUCUACGUCGUCGGCCGCGAUCGCCCUGCCCUUGGCGUCUCCCUCUUCAACCGGGUCGCCAGAGCCAAGGUGCCCCGCAGCAAUAUCACCUACAACAUCCUCGUCGGUUGCUGCUGCCAUGCAGGCCGGUUAGACCUCGGCUUCGCCGCCAUGGGCAACAUCAUUAAGCUGGGUUUUUCGGCUGAAGCCAUGGUCGCUUUCAACCACCUACUCAGGGCCAUCUGCGCGGAGAACAAGACCAGCUAUGCAAUGGACAUCGCACUCCGACGAAUGCCCGAGUUUAACUGCAUACCCAAUGUUUUCUCCUAUAGCGUUCUUCUCAAGGGUCUCUGUGUUGAGAAGAGAAGUCAAGAGGCUCUUGAGCUUAUUCACAUGAUGGCUGAUGCUGGAGGUAGCUGCCAACCUAAUGUGGUGUCCUAUAGCACUGUAGUCGAUGGCCUGUUGAAAGAGGGUGAGGUGAACAAAGCUUACAGCCUAUUUUGUGAGAUGCUACAUCAGGGGAUUACACCGGAUGUUGUGACCUAUAGCUCAAUCAUCUCUGGCAUGUGCAAGGUUCAAGCAAUGGAUAAGGCCGAGGAGGUCCUUCAACAGAUGUUUGAUAGAGGUAUUCUGCCAAAUGUUACUACAUAUAAUAGUCUGAUACACGGAUAUUAUUCGUCAGGACUGUGCGAAGAGGUGGUUCGUAUUUUCAAGAAAAUGUCUGGGAAUGGUGUUCAGCCAGAUAUUACAACUUACAACAUACAGAUGGAUUAUCUUUGCAAGAGUGGAAGAUGUGAGGAAGCUAGGGCGAUUUUUGAUUCUAUGGCUGGUAAGGUCCAAAAACCGAAUGUUACUAGCUACAGUAUUCUGCUUCAUGGGUAUGUUAUGGAACGGUCAUUUCAUGAUAUGCAUUGUCUCAUUAAAUUGAUGGUAGAAAAUGGUAUUGCACCAAAUCAUUUUGUGUACAACAUACUGAUAGUUGCAUAUGCUAAGGAGAAAAUGGUUGAUGAGGUAAUGCAUAUAUUUACAAAAAUGCGGCAGCAAGGAUUGAACCCAAAAGCUGCGAACUAUGGAACAGUAAUAAACUUACUUUGCAGUAUUGGCCGAAUGGAUGAUGCUAUGUUACAAUUCAAUCAAAUGGUAACUGAAGAAUUAACUCCUGAUAUCAUAGUUUUCAACACCCUUAUAAGUGGUUUUUGUUCUUGUGGAAUAUGGGAGAAGGUUCAUGAACUACUUGCUGAAAUGUUGAAUCGUGGCAUCUAUCCCGACAACGUGUUCUUCAACACAAUUAUGGAUCACCUUUGCAAAAAUGGAAGGGUCAUGGAAUCGCAAGAUCUCGCUGACCUUAUGAUACACAUGGGUGUGAAGCCUGGCAUGCAUACUUAUAACACACUGAUGGGUGGAUACUUUUUCAUUGGUAAGAUGGAUGAAGUGAGGAAGUUACUUGACCAUAUGGUCUCAAUUGGCAUGGAACUGGAUAUUGUCACCUAUAACACACUGAUUGAUGGUUACUUUAAGAAUGGAAUGGUAGAUGAUGCGUUAGCUGUUUUAAGUGAAAUGUUGGACAAGAAAGUUGAGCCUUGUAUUAUCAAUUAUAACACAGUGCUGCAUGGGUUAUUUCAUACUGGAAGGACUGUUGCUGCAAAUGAACUCUAUCUCAGGAUGAUUGACAGUGGAGUAUGCGUGAAUAUUGUGACCUACAACAUAAUUCUCAGUGGUUUGUGUAGAAAUAACCGUGUGGAUGAAGCACUACGGAUGUUUCAAAACCUGUGUUCAACAAAUUAUCAACUUGAGAUCAGGACUUAUAACAUUAUGGUUAGUGCGUUGCUUAAAGUUGGUAGGAAGGAAGAAGCCACAGGUUUGUUGGGUGGAAUCUGGGCCAAAGGAUUUGUGCCUGAUGCUGUUACGUAUAGAUUAAUGAUACAAAGCUUUUAGAAGAAAAAUCUCUGCAAGAAUGGUUUGCUGACCGUAUGUUAAAUGCCAUCGUUAGAAUGUUACUUCAGAAAGAGGAGGUGCCCAGUGGGGAAAUUGAUGAGAGGAGCUUCGCCCUUGAAGCUUCCGCAGCUGGCUUGUUGACUGCACUUGCUCCGGGGGGAAAUGUCAGCAGUAUCAGAGAUUCCUCCCUUAAAAAUAUCACUCUUUUCUGGAAUAGGGAACUGGUUGAAACCUUUUCUAGUUAUUUCACCUAAUCGAGGGCUGAACAUUUCUUUGCAGGUUUCCUUUCCCAACCUUUUCCUUUUGUAAUGUAAGGAAUGUCAUGCUGGUCACUUUUCUUAGCAGUAAGUCCGGGAGAACUUUGACUAGUAGUAAACGCCUGACUGGUACCAUUUUGAUGAUCGACUAUCUGUGUUUCAUCUAUAUGGGUAACUGCUACUUCUUCCAUGGAGCUGAACAUUUCGCCUCAAUUAAGCACAGUUUUUAUUA